AUGGCUGAAGAUAUGGUAGUGAAAAGGUCACCUUCUCAAGAAAAACUUGGCAGGGUUCAAUUUGCAAUAAGGGUAUUGGUGCUACUAGUGUUUCUGGGUUGGAUUUUCAUUUGGGCAGUUAUGCCCACAAAUAUUUAUAGGCAAUCAUGGUUGCCUCAAUACCAAGCAAAGAUUAAUUCAACCUAUUUUGGUGCUCAAGGUGCUACACUUCUUAUGUACCCUUUCCCUGUCUUACUCAUUGCUAUUUUGGGAUGUGUCCACCUUCACAUAGCCAAAAAAGCAAAUGAUUCCAAAAUUGCAAGUGGCAAUGCAAAGAAACGUGAGGUGACCACAUGGAAGCGUCCAAUGCUCAUGAAAGGCCCUCUUGGCAUUGUUUCUGGCAUAGAACUGGGAUUCUUGCUUAUGUUUAUUGCACUCCUAGUGUGGUCCUUUGCAACUUCUUUACACAAUAGCUUUGUAACAAUCACCCCAGAAUUGGCAGCGAAGGAUGGCCAGAAAAUAUGGGAAGAGAAACUAGAUCGUGCAGCUUUAAGGUUGGGUCUGGUUGGGAAUAUAUGCUUAGCAUUCUUGUUUUUUCCGGUGGCUCGUGGGUCAUGUGUGCUGCCACUGCUUGGCCUCACCUCGGAGAAUAGCAUAAAGUACCAUAUUUGGCUUGGACAUUUGGCCAUGACCCUCUUCACUGCUCACGGCCUUUGCUACAUCAUCUAUUGGGCAGCUACCUCUCAAAUUUCUCAGAUGCUGAAAUGGGACAAAGUUGGUGUAUCAAAUGUGGCAGGAGAACUAGCUUUGCUUUUCGGUUUGUUCCUAUGGAUUGCAACCAUUCCUCGAAUUAGAAGAAAAGCCUUUGAGCUCUUCUUCUAUACUCAUCACCUCUACAUCCUCUUCAUAGUAUUCUUCAUCUUUCAUGUUAGCAUUUCCUUUGUAUGCAUUACACUCCCUGGUUUCUACCUCUUCUUGGUUGAUCGUUUCUUAAGAUUUCUACAAUCAAGGCACCAAGUUCGUUUGGUUUCUGCUCGUGUUUUGCCAUGUGAAACUAUAGAACUCAACUUUUCUAAGGGCCAUGGGUUGACUUACAACCUCACAAGUGUUAUGUUCUUAAAUGUACCAAGCAUAUCCAAGUUGCAAUGGCAUCCAUUUACCAUUACUUCUAAUAGUAACUUGGAGCAAGACAAGCUAAGUGUUGUCAUUAAAAGUGAAGGAACUUGGACUCAGAAGCUCUAUCAACUACUUUCAACUCCUUCAACAAUAGAUCGCCUUGCUGUAUCUGUUGAAGGUCCUUAUGGAACUGCUUCAACCAAUUAUCUAAGGCAUGACACUCUUGUGAUGGUGAGUGGAGGAAGUGGCAUCACACCUUUUAUCUCUAUCAUUCGGGAGCUAAUAUAUCUAAACACUACAUUUAAAUGCAAAACACCAAAAGUUGUCCUAAUCUGUGCCUUCAAGAACACUUCAUCUCUGUCAAUGCUAGAUUUGAUCCUGCCAAUAUCUGGCACCUCAUUUGACAUUUCUAAUCUUGAAUUGCAAAUUGAGGCCUACAUCACAAGAGACAAGGAGCCUAAAGCAGAUGGUCAAAUUCACCCUCAAACUAUAUGGUUCAAGCCAAAUCCAAAUGAUGCACCCGUACAUGCUAUAUUAGGUCCAAACAGUUGGCUUUGGCUUGGUGCUACAAUCUCAUCCUCUUUCAUUAUUUUCCUUAUCUUAAUAGGGAUAAUUACCCGUUACUACAUUUUUCCAAUUGAUCAUAACUCGAAUGAAAUAUUCUCUUUCCCUUUGAGGUCUUUCCUUAACAUGCUAGUAAUAUGCGUGUCCAUAGUUAGUGUUGCUAGUGCAGCUUUUCUUUGGAACAAGAAACACAAUGCUAAAGAAGCAAAACAGAUUCAAAACUUGGAAGGAUCGUCACCAACAGUGUCACCAAACUCCAUGGUUUACAAUGCAGAUAGAGAAUUGGAAAGCCUUCCAUACCAAUCCCUUAUUCAAUCUACGAAUGUACAUUAUGGUGUAAGACCUGACCUAAGAAGAAUACUACUUGAACUCAAAGCGUCAAGUAUGGGAGUUUUUGCUUCAGGACCCAAAAUAAUGAGGCAGGAGGUUGCAGCCAUUUGCUCAUCUAGUUUAGCUGAAAAUCUGCAUUUUGAGUCUAUUAGCUUUAGCUGGUGA